CAAGUUUGCGCAUGCGCCGAAUGGCGAUUUAUCAGUGACUAUUUCUUUGAGUUUUAAUAUUUUUUAAAUAAGAAAUUUUAACGUUAGUCGGUAAUAUAUUUGGGUGAACGUGUAAAGUAUUUAGUAAUUUUGAUCUUGUAUUUUAAUAAUAACAGCCAAAAAUUUAAAUUCUAGGAGUGGUAAAAGUGUAACAUUGGUGGCCAUUACAAAACCUAAACUUUUAUAUCAGGACAAAUGUCCAUUUGAUGUUUCGGCGACGUUGUGACUAAUCCAUGGAAAGCUAAUUAAAAUAUCAUAUUGUGUAUAUCUCGUGAUAAUUGGGAUUCUACGUGUGAUGUGCAGUUCGCUAUUGAUAAUUUUGCACACUGAUAGAAAACUUGCUUGCAGUUAACCAAAAAUGAUUUUGAGAUAAAUUGUGUAAUAGUGCAGUGAAUCCAGCGUUGAAAGAACAAAAAAAUAGCAAUAAAUAAAAAUUGAAGAUUUGUGUUAGUGUUGGAAGUGUGAUAUGGAGUGUUUUGGGUGCUUGCAAAUAUAUUGGAUGUGGUGACAUGGGCUGCGUCGUCGUGGCCCUUGCUGCUGGGCUGUGGGAGUGAUCGGGUGUGCCGGGCUCAACGCCUGCACCAUCACCUAGUAUUAUGAAUAAACGUGACAGCACCAAGGAUAAAGAACGUCAGAGUGACGACAAAAGAACUUCCACCGCGACAGGUGCGGUGGGCGGGCGCGGCGUCGGCGGCAGCAGCGCGAUGCACACUUCCAGGCACUCCGUGACUUCGUCUUCGGGCGUUCUCAUGGUGGGGCCCAAUUUCCGCGUUGGCAAGAAGAUUGGCUGCGGCAACUUCGGCGAACUCAGGCUCGGGAAAAAUCUCUACAACAACGAGCAUGUAGCGAUUAAAAUGGAGCCGAUGAAGUCGAAGGCGCCGCAGUUGCAUCUAGAAUACCGAUUUUACAAGUUACUAGGCACGCACGCGCCGUCGACCGCAGAGGGCAUUCCCGAGGUAUACUACUUCGGACCUUGCGGUAAAUACAAUGCGUUGGUGAUGGAACUCCUGGGGCCCUCACUCGAAGACCUCUUCGACCUGUGCGGCCGUCGGUUCUCUCUAAAGACUGUCUUAAUGAUCGCUAUGCAGUUGCUGCACCGCAUCGAGUAUGUCCACACGAGACAUCUAAUAUACCGGGAUGUAAAACCUGAGAAUUUUUUAAUAGGUAGAACUGCAACCAAAAGAGAAAAAAUCAUCCACAUCAUUGAUUUUGGUUUGGCCAAAGAAUAUAUAGACUUAGAGACAAACAAGCAUAUCCCGUACCGGGAGCAUAAAUCACUCACUGGGACCGCGCGAUACAUGUCAAUAAACACACAUUUAGGAAAAGAACAAUCGAGACGUGACGACCUAGAGGCACUCGGCCAUAUGUUUAUGUAUUUUUUACGUGGUUCCUUACCCUGGCAGGGGUUAAAAGCUGAUACUCUCAAAGAAAGAUACCAAAAAAUUGGUGACACCAAGCGGGCAACACCAAUCGAGGUGUUGUGCGAGGGCCACCCGGAAGAGCUAGCGACAUACCUGCGCUACGUGCGCCGCUUAGACUUCUUCGAGACCCCGGACUAUGACCAACUGCGGCGAAUGUUCCGCGAGUUGUUCGAGCGCCGCGGCUACGUCGACGACGGCGAGUUCGACUGGACCGGCAAGACCAUGCCGGUCAAUUUAGACGUGAUGAGAAUUUUGCGCAACGCUCCGCCUUCCAAUAUUGUUAAAACUAAGUCGCAAAAGUCUACCCCUGUGGGCUCUAUUCAGACCGGACACGAGAUAGUAGUUUCGCCCAACCGCGACAGACAUCAACCAUUUCAUAAGGAUGAUUUGUGUGAUUAUAUGAUUGGUUUGGUUGAGGACGAUGAAGCGGCGCUCCUUACUGGAGAGGGGGCUGUGAAAGACACUGGCACUGGAGGCACUACUAACACGGGUAGCAACUGGCCCCACAGUGGGAAAGCCACGCCCCUCACUACUGGACACCUCACCCCCGCUGACAGACACGGCUCCGUGCAGCUGUUGAAGAAUAAACAUUUUCGGUAUGUGAAAUUUCCGGGCAGUUUGACAACGGUGGUGAGCUCGACCAAUGGCGAGCUGGGCGCGGACGACCCCACGGCGGGGCAGAGCAACACGCCCAUCACGCAGCAACAGCACGAGGUCGAUGUGGUCGACGACACCAAGUCAGUGUUCCAACUGCAAUCUGUAUAUUCCAGAUGUUGCUGUUUCUUCAAACGCAAAAAGAAGAAGUGCGCCGCCCGCGCGGGCAAGUGACGCGACCGCGCCUGACCGCCGCCGCCGCCCCGCCCCCCCCACCCUCCGCCCUCCGCCCCGCUCACCGCCCCGCUCACCGCCCCGCCGCCGCCCGCUGGCCUCAACGCAAGUUUAUAUAACUAUCCGAUAAUUAAUGAAUUUAACACACGCAUAUGCUUAGACCGCCUUAUUAAUAAGAAUGUUAUUCUCUGAUUAGGCGUCGAAUUAUUUGAUCUUUGUUUUGCCCUUUCUGUUUUCAGUAUUUGACAUUGAAAGAACGAGACGAAGAAUAACUGUUUCAAGCCUAAUUAUAGAAUUUCAUUUUAGUAAUAAGAGAAAAGUUUCAAAAAAAAAGUUGGCACAAGAAACCUACCCUGUGGUAAACAAAAUUGUUUUACAGUUAUUUUACGAAGCCGAGAAUAAGGUUUACCUCGAUAAUGUCGAGGUAAACCUUUUUAUUGACUUCGUAUAUAGGUACUAUUAACUAAAAUAUACUAUCUGGAAUUAUGCGAUGUAAAGUUAACUUCAUAGUCUGCAAAACCAGUUACAUUAUUAUAUGAAAAAUAUAGACGCAAAAUCGUUUACAAAUCGAAUGCCAUUGGCUCGCUAUUCGAAUUUAAAGGCACGCAUCCAACUGGUGACAUGGCGCAUUAAUAUUUGCUCUUUCCUUAAUUCAGUUCGAUGUGUUGUUUGACUGCAAUCGAUCGAAGAUAACAUUAAUAUUGCGCGUUUAUGUUGGCUAGUGGAUACUAGGUUUGAAUUAGAAAGUUACCAAUGUAACGACAUACUAGACUUAAAAUCCACCAAAAUAGACAACAACGAUAUAUUAUGUCAUCUCGUUCAAUUCGAUAAUGAUAUAACACAUCAACUCGACUAAAUUGUAAUAGAGUAAAAAAGCGAAAAAUUGUCAUUUACAUAUUUUUUUCCCAAUCAAAUGCUGAUCGUGUUUUGUGUCAUCCAUUGUUACAAUUUUCUAUUAUAAGUUGUGUGUGCUGUCUGUCUGUAAUUAUUUUAAUCAUCGCAUUAAAUUCCUAUUAGAAAAUAGUUUUCUGCCUUCACUAUUGUGAAAUUUUCAUUGGAAUUUACGUAAACGUAAUAGAGUCGAUUUGUCAUAAAACUUAAUGAGGUAUUGACGUCAGCGGCGAAUUUAGUCCUUAUAGUAUUGCGGCUGUUUUGAGUAGCUCUGAAAUAACGAUGCCGUAUUGCCCAUUUUACUUUAAACUUUUAUAUCGAUUAUUUUUAUUGGCUCAGUCGCAAAAAUGUCUUGGAAAUGUUUCCACAUCGUAAAAUGUCUCAUACGCAAAAUGUCGCGAUUGAGACUUUAGGUUUAAAAAGAGAUAAUAAAAAUUGAUUUAAGAAAAUGGUAUUAUAUUAUUGAAUAGAAUUAACUAAUCAUGAUAAUCAUAAUUUUGGUACUUUUGCGGUAGAGUUAUUUUACUACUAGGAAACAUUUUAGGAUAUUUUGCGAUGCCGCCUUUUUGUUUCGUGAAUUCUAUUCGCCUGUCAUGUAUAUCACUAUAAACAAUUGAACCGUUUAGUUAGACAUACAUUAGUAUAGUAUAGUAUAGUGAUAUACAUGACACACGAGAAUUAUAUAUAUAUAUAUAAAUGCUGGAAUUUAACACACAUACGUAACGCACUCUAAGACUAGUUAAGCCUCGCCUUUGUCUAGAAAUAGAAACAUUAUACAUAUAACACAUUGCGAAAUGUAUCCGACGAAUUCGUCAGUAUUCAAUAUGUCUGGUAUGCGAUCUCGGUUGUAAUUAUUUUAUCAAACGUGAUGUGUUCACACUAAAAUUUAGGUCGGGCCGUCGCACUCUUCGCAAACAAAUUUUGUUUGAUGCCCAAUGCUAAUUCAAUAAACUUAUGUGCUGCUAUGUGUACCAAAACAUGCUAGUAAAAGGGGUGUGUGUAUUUCUAUUUUAAUUUUUGCUUUAUCUGUUGUAAUUGCUAUUUUUAUUGACAAGGAAAUAGUAAUUGACAACAGAGGACAUAUAUAUAUUCAGUUAUACCUAUUUGGGAAAUAAACAAAAUCUGUUCUAUAAUCGCCAGUUGGCAAAUUAGUAAUUGCAGUUGACAAUUAUCCGCAAUAAAAAACCUAGGCGUUAACUUAAAAUAAUGAGAAAAACUAUGUUCUCAAAUGGUGGGGUGGAUUUUCAUUUGUGUUCCCGUCCGUAGCAAAUUACUUUCAUUCAUCGACUUCACGGGUCCUUUCCUCAUUCUAGAGCCUCAUCUGACGGUGUCAUUCCAACUAGCGCUCGGACAAAUCGAUCGAUUUGUGUUAUUGUGUAAUACAGAUUGUCCAAUAUGGUUUAUUUACAAACAACAACUAAAAAAAUCGUAAUCGAGUUUCAAAUGAAUAUUUAUAGUUCACUUUUUACUUGAACUCGUUUUACUGAAAUCAUUGUUACUCAUAAUUCUUAUUUACAUGAGUGAGAUCGAAACACAUUUUCCCUUAGUCGAUCAACUGGAAUCGUCUGUGACAGUCUGUAUUGACCUUAAUCCAUGCUAGACUCUUCACUCAAGCCUAUAAAUCUACAUUAUAUUUAAGCGUAGGUAUAUAGAUUUGGGACGCGGAGCCGACAAAUAUCAUACAACCGUAGUUUUAAAAAUAUUUAGUAGCUGUGUAACGCUUGCUCCCAUUUAUUGGUGAAGUGUUAUUUUUGUACGUCCUUGAUUCAGUUAUCUGUGAAUGAGUGGUAUAAUUUUGUUAUAUAAGGAAUGAUUUACCAUAACACGAAACUUUGUGACUUUAUAAUAAGUUGUGUGAUGAUGAACUGUACUUUAGUGGCGUGUGGGAUGUCCGUGAUAGGUAUAAUUAAAGCUAUAUAAACAAAAAUUAAGAUAUAGUUUAAAAUCAUAAUCGUCAUCUCAAAAUAUCACUCUGUUUUUGGUAGAAAUUUGGCUGUCCUUUUUCUUCUCUAUGCGUACUUUGAAUUGUAUAUAUCCAUAACUUCGUUUACUUUAUGUCAAUUAUGCCUAAAUAAGCAUUACUUUAUUUCCUCAAAGGGCCGAAUUUCAUUGCUUUUAUGGUAAUAUAUUUGAAGGUAGCUUUAUAAAACUACAGUGUGCCUUUAUCGGGUACUCCGCACGCCAAUUGUAUGCAUAUUCUAGGUUUUAACUUUAUGUAGUCAUUCUGUACUAAGUUCAAUUUGUGAAUGAUAAUUAUUAUUCGUUCCUACAGUGACGCCACUUUCCUAUCUUUAUUUAUGCAUAUAUUAUCAUAGUUUUAAUAAAAUGAUAUGAGGUAACAACUGGCAAUUUCACGCAAUAAGAAAUUGUAGAUGUAAAGUUGCAUUAUUUCAAAUUAUGUACAUUUUUUAUGGCGAGCAUCAGUAUGGAAGCGAAUGGGUCGUUAAACGCAUUAAUAAAUAUAAAUUAUGUAGCGUGCAAUAAUUUGUGUGAAGAUUCAUUAUCGAUGUUCCCGUCGAGUCCCUGACGUAUGAACUGACUUCUAUUCUACAAGACUGAAUGAAACAUUUCACCUUGUGUACAAAUAUGGUUCUGGGCUCAUGUCAAUUUAAUAUAAUUGCUAUUCUUUCUCUAUGGUCGAAUGUUUCGACGAUGUUAAUAUGUUUCGGAUGGUUAGCGACCGGUAAGAUCAGUCAUUCCAAAGUUACGUCAGUUUAGUACGCAAAGAACUUUUUAGUCAUUGGUUGUAGUGGUCCCAGAGCCUGCCCACUGCUGGGCAGGAUUGAGAUCGAAGUCGGGUGUGAAUAGACUGAGUAAAGGGUUGUGACGCAGAAUGUCAAUAUCGCAAAAUGUCAUAAAUUAAUCACUAAGGGUGGGUUGCAUCAGUCAACUUUGACAUUAAUUUAACCUGCGCGGAACAGCGCAAAGUUCGCCUUUUUACCUAAACAAGGGCGCGCAGGUUAAAGUUAACGUCAAAGUUGACUGAUGCAACCUACUCUUCGUGGAUAAUAAUAAUUUCGCGUGACGCUAACGUUAAUUUUUCUUCUAUUUAUUUAAAAUCAAUUCGGUUAACGUGGUGAUUUUGCUAGUGACAUUGUGCGUUGAAACCAUACCAUCGGAACGCGCUUGCCAUAGUCUGCGGCUAGUACCGUUCCCUAGAGGUUGCUACAUGGAUGGUGUAUAAAUUGUACAGCUUAGAAAAAAACACAUUUGUAUAUUUUUGCUUGGACUGGCGGCAAGAAUUCGACAAGCGUGAUUUGCGUAGAAGUAAGAUUUUUUAGAUGUCACUAUAAUCAGCGUAAUGCUAUUUCGGUUGGUCGGGAUGAGCGUUGGGAUUCUUAUUAUUCCGACGAGCAAAUAUUUUGCUUACUCUUUGAGUGUCAAGGCAACUAGAUUUUGCCACAAUUUUGUUUUCCGUGUUGCCUGGGUUAUUGUAAUACGCCGUUGAUUGAGAAUUGGUUGAAUGGCGUCUAUAGUUGCCCUUGCCGCUCAAAGGGUCAAACUUAUAUUGUGCUGAUCGUAUUGACAUUGUAUAAGGUAUUUCGGUUUAGUCACAGAUCAUGUAGUCAUCACAAAAUUGUAUCCCAACAUUAGAAGUUACUCAUUUUGGCUAGUAUGAAGUGUUUUAUAACAUAAAACAUCUUGUUGUGUCGUUUUCAUAUUUUUAGAGAAAAAAAUUACUUAGUUAAUGCGAGUAUAAUGUCGAUUUUUAAAAGACUCCUGAAUAAUUUUUUGAUAAAUUAUUGUGGACAAAUUUACGUGUUCUCCUCGUUAAAAUGGAUCGUUAAUAGUUAUUGUACAAUCAUUGCAGUAUAAUCGAAUGUAAUAAAAUAAACAAUGUAAGUCUUAUAAUACACGAUUAAUACCAUAGUUGUACCUAAUUGUUACUUUCUAUUUGCUAGAUAGAAUAAUCAAAUUAGAUUGGAUAUUGAGAAAUCGAAGUCAAAUUGUGUGAUCUGUGAGUGGAGUGCUACAGACAAUGAGUCGCGCGAGCGUUUUUGAGAAAACUCAAAUUUGCAUGAAUUCGGAUCGCUUUUAUUGCAUAUGCACGAGAGGUGAUUUUGCAAACUUGUUACUUCUGACGAUGUGAUUUCGCAUUGCAGAUUUGAGUUUGAACAUGUAAUUAAAAGUAUUUUUGUUGUUUAAAAGAGCAAAGUUUGUACGUAUCCUGAGGUAAACUAGCAAUUCUAAACUGUAUUCGAAAAAAUAAAUACUACCUAGUAUUUUAACCUUAAAAUGAAGCUAAGAUCAACUGUAGUAAUAACAUGCUCGUUUACCUACUAAACUAUGAAUACGGAACCCUAAAAAAGAAUAACAGAGACGAGAUUAAUGUUUGCUUCCACUUCAGAUGUGUGCAGACUUUGCCUCCUAUAAUGCGUUUGUUUAUGUAUACUUACUUUAAAAAUAUGGUACACGAUCUUUACACGUCUUUUUAUUUAAAUAUACGUUUAAAAAAUCAUUAUAUUCGCAUAUUAGAAAUAUAUAAAAUUCCUGUUUUAUGAAUUUGUAACGUGCCAAGAUUAUCUGAUUUUUGAAGUUGAAUUUUCAACUAAAAGGCAUCAAGAUUGUUUACCUUUUAUUAAAGUAUAACUAAACAAAUGUGAUAUAGAUGAUCUCUAAUAACACUGUAAAGCACUCUUGUGUUCCAUACUUCGCCUGGAAUGGUUAUAUUUAUUGGAAAGCUUGGAGGUAGAUGUAUGAGACCGCCGCGGCUCAGCCUGUUCUCUUCUAGUUAAUUUAUAAAUUAUAAUUUUAAAAGUUCGCUUACUAAGUAAGUCAUGUUCAGUCGCGGGCUUGGAUACACGAGGAAGAUUUUGAAGUAUAGUUAUUAACUUUAUGUAUUAUAUACAAUACAUGAUGCUUUUCAAACAGGAAUGAAUUCUUAUUGUAAGUAUAAAAAUAAAUAUUAAUAUUCAUAGAAAAAAAACUCUCAGUGUUUAUUUUUUCUGUAAGAUUUAUGGUAAAUUUUUGCAUACGCAAUUUGACUUAUAUUCAGUUAAGGUCACAACCUUUCAGAAUGGAAAAUAUUUGUUAACUCAUAAUUAAAUAAAGCUUAUUAUAAGA